UAGAGAUUAUUGGGGUGCCCAUAGUCAACUAUUAGUCCCCAUAUAUACUGUGAGGUCUUGCUCUUGUUUUCUAAGAUGGUGAUAGAGCUGAGCUAUUCCUGAGUGAGGUGCUAAGGUGAGAGUCUAACAUGCAGUCGAAGCUCAGCAAGCGUGUAUUAAAUGGACGCGUAGAGGAGGGACGCAGCCAUCGACAGGAGUUGUAAGCAGGACCAGCCUUUGAACUGAGAUGAAAGACCAUAUGCUUGCUAAGAGAACAAGUCCACAUGGGAAGAAACACGGGCGCCCACAGAGCACUGGAGAAUGACCUGAGAACACAGACAACCAGCAUUCAGCUGCCAAGGGGCCAAGGCAUGAGCUGGGGUCGUUCUUCCCAAUGGCAUCUCCCCCUGGUCUGGAACUGAAGACAUUGAGCAAUGGUCCCCAGGUUCCAAGGAGACCAGCCCCGCUGGGCCCAGUGGCGCCAUCCAGGAUGGGUGUGGAGAAUGCCAGCUUCUUCUCUGAGGAGCAUGAGACUCAUUUCCAGAACCCUGGGGAUGCCAGACUGGGUAGCUCCCCCAGUCCCCCUGGAGGUGUCCCCUCACUGCCCCGGUCCCAGCGGGAUGAUCUUUCUCUGCAUUCAGAGGAGGGGCCAGGCCUGGAACCUGUGAGCCGCCCAGUGGACUAUGGCUUUGUUUCUGCUCUGGUUUUCUUGGUGAGCGGAAUCCUCCUGGUGGUAACAGCAUAUGCCAUCCCUCGAGAGGCCCGAGUCAACCCUGACACAGUGACAGCAAGGGAGAUGGAGCGCCUGGAGAUGUACUACGCCCGCUUGGGCUCGCAUCUGGACAAGUGUAUCAUCGCGGGCCUGGGGCUGCUCACAGUGGGUGGCAUGCUUCUGUCUGUGUUGCUCAUGGUCUCUUUGUGCAAGGGUGAGCUGUACCGCAGGCAGACCUUCGUCCCUGGCAGGGGAUCCAGGAAGACCUAUGGCUCCAUCAACCUGCGUAUGAGGCAGCUUGCUGGGGAUGGGGGCCAGGUCCUAGUGGAGAAUGAGGUUGUCCAAGUCUCAGAGACCAGCUAUACCACACAGGGCUCUUAAGUAAGAGUCCACCCUAUCUUGCUGCUUUAACUGAAGAGCUUGGAAGUCCCCCAAAACCUGGGGCUUCAAAGUGAGAUCCACAGAGGGCCCUGUGGAGGGAGUUUCGGUGCUGGGGUGGGAGCAGCCUGGGUUCUGGCUUAAGCCCUACUCAAGCACUGCUGAUGUGUUUUGCAGCUUGAAGUUUUUGCUUAAGGCUUUGUUUGGAGGAUGGCUUCUGCUGCUAAAAAUACAUUUUUGGAAACCACUGCUCUUAGAAGAUGAGGUUGCUUGGCAUUUCUCAGGGUUGGGACUCAUGCGAAAGGGUUGCCUCCGUUCCUCAUGCCUUGGGAAUUCUGAGACCCCUACUGUCUUCACUAGCCAAGCGAGAGUGUUGGGUGACCAUCUGGAAUAGAGCGUGGCUUCAUGGUGAUGGGAGAAGUCGGUUCUGAGUUGACCCCCUGCAGUACCCUACUGACUGAACCAUAACCCUCCCCUCUCCAGACCUCGUUUGCUCAGUCUCUAAAGUGAGGAGUAGGACUGGGUGCACCACCAUGAGCCGCAUCUGCCCUGGGAAUAGGAAGCCAGUCUGCCUCUGGCCAACCUACAAAGAGGGAUGAAGGUUUUGACAGGGACUGACCAUUGUCAGUGCCACCUUCUGGCCUGCAUUGGUGACUCCCAGUGCCAGGAGCAGUGGUUCUCAUGGUCCUGCUAUAGAGCCUGGGUGAAUGGGUUUGGUUCAAUCCAGAAUUUGAUUCAGUGUGAAUUGGUCUUGGAAUUUGGUUUCCUAUGGUGGCUAAUUUUCUGCAGUGGUUCAUUUCAAAAGUGCACUGGGCACCUAGGUGUGAGGACUUGGUUGUAUUUCUGUGGGCAUGUUGGGGGUUUAUCACCUCCCCCUCCUCCUUAGUGAGCUUUUACUUAGGCCUGAUCGCAUCCUGGUAGCAGAAAACAAUUUUCCUUAAUGCUGAAUUAGUAAUGUCUGCCUUUCCUUCUCAGUGAAUUUCAGUUGCCAGUCAUCUGGGAACAUACAAGGUACACUUAAGUGG